GUCCAUAGUAAGCCUAUGAAAAAAAAAAAAAACUAUACAAGUCAAUGGCUCUCUCAACAGUUUGGUUACAAACAUUCUGAAAAAAGAACAGCAGAAGGUUUGGAACAAGUGGAGGUCGUCCACCCUUCCCUACCAGGGCUGUUAAGAAAAACAUCUCAACUAGUGCAAAUGGCUCCCCUGCUGUUUCUCCUUUGUCUUCCCAUUGCUCUCUGUUGCGAAACGGCCACCAGCACCGAGUGCGAAAAGCUUCCCUUCGUACCUGGGUAUAAUUUGGUGGGAGAAGGCUUUGACGUUGUGCGAAUGAAGACCACCGGAGCUUUUGUGGUGGAUGUGCGGACCUACAUGAGUGGAGGAGAGCAUGGCAACUGCACUCUGUGUGAGAACAAACUGCUCAACGAGAAGCAGAAGUUGCCAGCUUCGGUGGUCGAUUGGCGGAUCAAGGUGCAGUGCCGCCGCAGCCUCAGCGCCAAGGUGUAUGAAUCGGCCAGUUCGGUUCUUAAGGACACCACCAGUUCAGCCAGUGCCAGCUGGAAGGUCGGGCUGAGUGUGCCCAUGGUGGCAAGUGUGGCUGUUGGUGGGACACAUUCACGUUCGGCCAGGUUUGCCAAAAGCCACGCAGCUCAAGACAAGUACUCCUUCACGAGCCAUUCCUUCUCCUGUCGCUACUACUCGUUUCGUCUUCAUACUCGUCCUCCGCUGACCAAAGAAUUUUUGGACUCCAUCACUUCACUUCCUGUUAAAUACAACAGCCAGUCAGAGAACGCAUACAACCAUUUCAUCUCAAUCUACGGGACACACUUCUUGCGGAGAGUCGACCUGGGCGGCAAGGUACAUUCAACCACCGCUGUGAAGACCUGCCAGGUUUCCAUGAAGGGUCUGUCGGUACAUGACGUGAGCAACUGCUUAUCGGCGGAGGCGUCCGGCAUCAUUAAGGGCGUGAAGGUGAGUGGGCAAGCAAGCUACUGCAAAAGCAAACAAAAUCAACUGGAGAGGGGCAACAGCUUCAGUGGCUUCUUCUCCGACCGAGUCACUGAAAUACUGGGCGGCAACGGUGAGCAGCAAGACAUCCUCUUCAAUCCAAGCAACGUUAGUGGUUAUGGCGUGUGGCUCAAGUCAUUGAAGAAAGUCCCUGGAGUGGUUUCCUACACUUUGAGCUCAUUGCAUAUGCUGGUGAAAAACGACUCCGCUAGACGAGCCAGUCUACAAGCGGCCAUCAGCAAGUACAUCACAAAAAGUGCCUUAUCUACUGCUUGCCCCUCUAGCUGCAAAGUGGGCCAUCGUAGCAAUAACUGCGCAUGCAAAUGCAACGGUCAUCAAAGUGUUGAUAGCAACUGCUGCCCGAGUAAGCCAGGAGUGGCCACGUUAACCGUGACAGUGUUGAGCGCUGCAGGAUUAUGGGGAGACUAUUUCUCUAAAACUGAUGGUUAUGUGAAAGUGUUCUACGGAAACCGUGCAUAUGAGACCCCUGUGAUUUUGAACAACAAUUUUCCUAAGUGGAACUACAAAGUGAAUUUUGAAACUGUGGAUCUGACUCAAAAAACACCCUUGCGAUUUGAGGUGUGGGACCGUGACAACCGGUUUGAUGAUGAUCUAUUGGGAAAGAAUUCUCUUGUUCCAAACCAAGCAACCAAUAAGCAGCAGUCAUUCACUUUAAAGCAUGGCUCUUUUUUGAUCUCCUACACUGCAAAGUGUGGCCCAAGUCUUACAGGGUCUUUCUGUGAGAAAUACGCUCCUACACCGGGUGGUGACGGUACUCUAAAAUAUUACCAACCCUUUGGCGGAGAACAGCCCAUUUCAUUUAAAAAAUCCAAGGAUUUUGGAGGAAACGAGUCUUUUCUGUAAUAAUACAACAACUGCAGAAUGUAAAGAUAAUGUAAAAUUCUGAUGAAGGGCCUACUAAUAUAAGCUAUUUGAUAUUUUUGCAAAGAUACACAUUGAAAACAAUUACUAUAAAUCAAAUAACAUUGACUUAUUUCUAGACAAAUUUACAAAACUUAUUUGAAUAGAUGAAUUGAUUUUUUUUUUGGUAAUUUUUUGAAUUAAUUUGAUCUGAUUCUCAUAUAUACAUUUAUUUUAUAAUUUCAUAUGUAUACAAUGCCUGACAUAUUAAUAUGGUAUUAAUAUUGUAGUAAACAAACAAACAAAAAAAAGAAUGCUUUCAGAUGCAAUAAAAACUUUCUUUAAAAAAAAAAAAGAGAUUUAUAUUGUUGUCUCCAGCGCUCACUUCAAGUCAAACUUUAGGUUGGCAACAGCUAAUUUCACACAUUAUAGUAUAUAUAUCUCGGUUAGCUUAACGCAGUACACAUAGCAAGGUUUUUUUUAUUAAAUUAUAACAUUCUAACAGAUAGAAUAGAAAAAGAAUAUAGCAAGCUAAUUUUAGAGGCUUUUUUUGCUUUUGUUAAUUGUAUAAUAAAUAAAAAGAAAACAAAUAGAUAGAAUACAAAAAGAUUAGAGAAGCUAGUGUUAAAGUGUUUUUUUUUUUUAAGAAAACAAGCAGUUAGUAAACGAUCCAAGAUAAACUAUGGAAACAUUUCUGUCAAGACAAAAAUGUCUAGUGAUGGCAGCUUUUCUGAGCCAAACAGCGCCCCCUGUAGGAAAGCACAUGCUUUACACAGGCAGUAUCUCCUAAAGACCUUCCGCUGUUCAAUUCAUAAUUUAGGCCCAAACCUCCCAAAAGCUGGUUUGUGAUAAUUACUGCUGUUAAAGACCUUAUUGAAAAAAAAAAAAGAAAAAGAAAAAAAAGAUUAUCUGAAUUGAUAAUGCAGAUGUGUAUUGGUGUUUAGUGGGAUUUAUAAAUUCAAAGCCUUGUGGUCAAUAAUGUACUAUUGUUGAACCACCAACUGAAUGAGCACAGAUGACUGAUGAACAUUUAAAGCCAUUAAAACUGCCACUGUGCAAUGGCAUUUAACCAUAUUUUAUGGAUGCUGCAUGAAUCUCUUUUUACAAAAGCAUUUGAAAAUAUAUGAAAGAUCAAAACAUGUAAAAUGUAAUUUAUUGUACAUGGACAAAACUGUUUUGUGUAUAUCUUCCUCUUUGAUUGGGAUGUCUUUGUCAGAUUUGGAGUCAUUUGAAAAUGUGAUUAGUUUUAUUCUUGACCUUAUAUCCUUUAAACCAGUUCCCGCUGUUUACAUUUCUGAGCUCUGCGGGGUCAGGACAGGGAACUGGGGCACAAAGAUGCAUUGAAGAUCCCUCCCACCCAGAUUAUUUGCUCCAGAAGCUUCCCUCUGGGAGAUGUUUCAAGUAGUUCAAACCAAGACCAACAGAUAACCACACUGCCAAUGCUAUGUUCCUGCUCAACCAGAACCUCAACAGUUAAAUUAUAGUGUAUCUGUAAGCUUUGAACAUUUAUACACAUUUUAUCCAUGCUUUAAAGUCAGCAUGAAAUCAAAAUUGACCAUAUUUACUUUUA